AUGGAAAAUUGUAGAGAUAUUUCAAUAAGGCAAUUUAAGUUGAAUCCUGUUCAUUAUUAUACAACUCCAGAUUUUGCAUGGAAUGUUAUGCUUAGAAAAAGACUUGUAGAACUAGAACUAUUAAGAUAUAUUGACAAGUAUUUAAUGUUUGAACAAGGUAUGAGGAACAAUAAGAGGAGGAUUAUCUCAAUGUAGUAUUAGAUAUUCUAAAGCAAGUAAUAAAUAUAUUGGAGAAAAAAGAAAAGAAAAAUAUCAACGAAAUAUCUCUUAGAUUUGGAUGCAAAUAAUCUCUAUGGAUGGGCGAUGAGUAAAUAUUUACCAUAUAAAGGAUUUAAAUUGUGUAAUCCUGAUUUGUUUAAUACAGAAAAAAUUUUAAGAAUGAAAGAUGACCAGGAAAAGGGCUAUAUUUAA